GCGAAGCGGACGACGCGAACGGUGAACGGCGAACGGUGUACGGUGACGGCAGUGACGACUGCUGCAACGGGUCAUAUUUUCAUUGAAACGAACGGUUCAAAACAUUUAGUAAUUACGUCGACGCCAGUGGUUCGAAUGUAAUGCCAUGCCUACGUGUGCAUGUAAACUUUAAACGAAAGAAAGGAAAAUCAGUGGCGAUCACAAAGCAGCUGCUGGAAAUUAUAAUCAUUAGAUUACUAAUGCACACACGAUCGUUAACGAAAGUGAUCAGUUUUAUUAGUUUUUGAAGUGUUUUUGUGGGCGAAAUGCGAAAAUAUUGAAAAAUUUAUGUGCAAGUGCGGAAAGAUUUGUGACCAAGUUGUGCGUUCUUCGUGCGUUGGCAUUUUUGUAAACGAAAAAGAAAAAUCUUGAAAGUCCGAAAUUGCUAAAUAUUGCAAGUCAAAUGAAAGUGGAGUGCUGAAAGUUGAAUAUUUUGUGAUUUUAGCAAAAAUUGUGAAAUUUAAAAUUUUUAUAAACAAUAUAUAUGCAUUUAAUUGAAGUAAUUGAAUCGAUUUUCCAAUUACUAAACCGAACGCCACACAUAAUUUACAGUUCGACAAGCCGCUAGCGCGCUGUACAAGCUUAAAAGUAAAAGCUGCAAGCCACGAAGCGCCACACAGCCUUCGUCAAGUGCAACAGUUCAAGUGCAACACGAGGCGGUUCAGCCGAAGAGCUGCAAAUAGUGGAACAAAAGGCACGGCCGAAAGCGAUUACAUGGGUAUGCGGCGCAACGCGGAAAAGAAAUAUUAUAUUAAUUUGUGCUUGAAAAUGUUGUACAAGAACAAAGCAUAAAUUCAGCUUAGUAAAAUUCGUGUCUAUCCAGCAGCUGUGCGCAUUCUGACAAAAAUGUAUGCCACGAACGAUUUUGAACUCUUCUUCAAAGUGGAUAUCACUUAAAUAAAUCACAACUCACAACAACAGUUUGUCAACAAAAAAAAAUAUUUGCGAAAAUGCCAUAAGAAAAUAUUUUGCAAAAGUGUUUUUGUAAGAAUUGCAAAAUCAACAAUUGCGAAAGCAAAUUAAUAGAAAAAGUAAUAAAUAGCUACACAGUGUUAAUUUACUAUGUGCUACGGUUUAAAAUAGUUAAAAUAAUUUCUUUAUUAAAUUUUUUAUUAUAAGCCGCAGAAGCAGCGAAAAGUGCAUUGAAAAAAAUCUGCCUUUCAAUUUUUUUUUAUUGGUGUCAGUGGAAAAUUUUCGCGUGUAACACGUUCGUGUUUUGCGUUCGUCAUUGACGCAACGCCAUUCGGUUGCAGCCAUAUUGAAAAUUGGAUUAUCUAACGCAUUUCAAAAUGGAGGACGAGAGUGACGACAAGGACGAUACGAAAAGAAAAUCUCGAAAUCUCAGCGAAAAGAAGAGGAGAGAUCAAUUCAAUACGCUGGUGAAUGAUUUGAGCGCGCUCAUAUCGACAUCAAAUCGGAAAAUGGAUAAAUCGACAGUGCUCAAGUCGACAAUAGCAUUUUUGAAACAUCACAACGAGGCCACCGAUCGUUCGAAAGUUUUCGAAAUACAGCAAGACUGGAAACCAACAUUUCUUACCAACGACGAGUUUACACAUCUCAUGCUGGAAUCUUUGGAUGGCUUCAUAAUAGUGUUUAGCGGUAUUGGUUCCAUAUGUUAUGCAUCUGAAAGUAUUACUCCACUGCUCGGUUACCUGCCGAGUGACCUUGUGAAUAUGACCAUUUUCGAUUUGACCUACGAAAUGGAUCAUGAAAGUCUACUGAAUAUAUUUCUAAAUCCCAAACCAGUGAUCGAGCCACUACAGACUGAUAUCAACUCAAGUAAUCAAAUUACAUUUUAUUUGCAUUUACGGCGUGGCGGUAUCGACAAAGUGGAUGCCAAUGCGUACGAGUUAGUUAAAUUUGUAGGUUAUUUUCGAAACGAUGUGAAUCUAGACAGCAUACAAUCGCAGAACACACUUGCCUUGCCACGUAUCUUCCAAAUGAAUCCCAGCGCGGAGGUGGAUAAGAAAUUGAUAUUCGUCGGCACGGGGCGCAUUCAGACGCCGCAGUUGAUACGCGAGAUGUCCGCCAUAGAUCCGACGUGUAAUGAGUUCACUUCGAAACAUAGCAUGGAAUGGAAAUUUCUCUUUCUGGAUCAUCGUGCGCCGCCGAUCAUCGGUUAUAUGCCCUUUGAAGUGCUCGGCACCUCCGGUUAUGAUUACUACCAUUUCGAUGAUUUGGAGAGCAUCGUGGCUUGCCAUGAAGAGUGUAAGUUGAUGCAGAAAGGCGAAUGCAAGUCGUGCUAUUAUCGUUUCCUUACGAAAGGACAACAAUGGAUCUGGCUGCAGACCGAGUUCUAUGUGUCCUACCACCAAUUCAGCUCGAAACCUGACUACGUUGUGUGUACACACAAGGUUGUCAGUUAUGCAGAUGUGAUACGCCAAAGUAAGGCGGGCAAUAAGUUGGAGAAAACUCCUUCGAUCAACAACAGCACUAGUAAGUCGUCCACAAUGACUUUGAGGGACAUUGAAACCACCAGUCAAAGUCUAGAUCCUUCCACGCUUUCGGCGAGCGAUAGUGGCAAUGUUAUAAUGGGUAUAUUAAAUGAAGCUUCGCCUCGGCUAGACACAUCACCCAUAUGGCCGAAUGCUUCCUCCACCACUGGCAUAACAUCGACAACAUUCAAGACAUCCCGACCCGCCUCGAGUUAUGGCAAUAUUAGUUCUACUGGAAUCUCACCGACAGCUAAGCGAAAACGGUAUUUCCCACAUAGGCCGGGCAACGAAUCGGAUUCCACGUCCAUGUCUGCGGAUUCGGCCACCAGUAAGCACUCGCUUAUGACACAUUUGAGUUCGAGUCGACAACGUCACGGUCACAGUCACAGCUCGGGUAUGCAAAUGCCGCAAAGUACAACGCACGCGCAGCAACUGAACUCGGCCAACCAACAUGCACUACACAAUCACCACCAGUCGCAACAGAACACACAGCUGCAGAUGAAUCAAACGCAGAACCAACAAAAGAUUCUACCGAUGCUACCGCAACACACCAUGGCGCAGGCGCAAAUAGUGCCCAACAACCCAUGUCAAUUCACACAGCCCACCUUCCCGAUACGCAGCUCGCAAAUAGUCGGUCCCACAUUCCUGGAGCCAUCGCAAUACCUUGCCGCCAUACCGGUGCAACCGGUGAUUGCGCAAUUUCCGGUCGCGCCGGUGCUCUCACCGCUGCCGGUGAAUAUGAGUACGGCGCCACCUUGGAAGGCGGCCGCGCAACCGACGAACGGCACCUUCGAUCCGCUGCAGAGCCAAGCCGACAUGCUCUCCGGUGCGGUGGUGAUGACGCCCACCCAAACCCAGCUGCAGGAUCAGCUGCAGCGCAAGCACGACGAAUUGCAAAAGCUGAUCAUGCAACAGCAAGAUGAAUUGCGCAUGGUCUCCGAGCAGCUGCUGUUAGCGCGCUACACACUGCUGCAGCCGAUGAUGCCGAUGAAUUACAAUACGCCGCCGAAUAGCGGUCGCAGCAAUUACAAUUUCGCCAGCGCCAAUACGACGAUGGAGCAGCAAUUCACGCAGUUUGGCUUCACUAUGAACUCCAGCGAGCAGCUGGUGGAUCAGACGACGCAGCAGAUGAUGUUGCAGCAGCAACAACACGCGCAGACGCAACAGCAACAUAGCAUGCAGCAACAGCAGACGCAGCAUAUGCAAACCCAGCAACAACAACAACAAAUACAUAACCACAAUCACCAACAACAGCAGCAACAGCAACAGCAACAACAACAAACGACGCAACAAAGCAAUCACCAUCAGCAGCAUCAUCAUCAUCAGCAACCGCAACAAAAUCAGCCACAGCUACAACAACACUUGCAGGCGCUGCAGCCGCAGCCGCAACAACAACAACAACAGCAGCAGCAGUCGCAGGAGCAAACGCAACAACUGAACCUGCUCUCACGCAGUGUACCUGAUCUGGCGCAAUUCGGUCACGAAGACAUCGACGCGUUCUUCAAUCUCUCGCCGCUGCAAACGAUCGCCAACACGCAACCGAGUCAUAACUCGCGCAGCAGCAAUAAUUUGGUGAGCUCCAGUAAUGGGCAGCAACAACAGGGCAGCAUGAAUCAGAGCUUCAUCAACAACACCAGCGCACCGCAAACGACAAAUGAGGAUUCGCUACUCACCUACAUGCAAAUGGCCACCGAAUCGAGUUCGACACUCAACUUCCCGAUGGGCAUAAGCGAUGAUGGUUCCGAAUCGCAGAGCGAUCGUAUCGAAGCCAAAUUAAUUGGUGGUAAUCAAGUUAUGCAGCAACAGCAACAGCAUCAAGUGUUGACUCAUCAACAGCAACAACAACAACAGCAGCAGCAACAACAACAACAACGUACCAAUAAUUUCUUUCCGAAUAAUCCAUUCGAAGCGCUCGGCAAUCAAGCGACCACAAAUCAAUUACCUAACGAUCUGGAAAUACUGCCCUAUCAGAUGUCGCAGGAGCAGUCGCAGAACCUCUUCAACUCACCGCAAUCCUCGAGAAAUAGUCAAUAGCCUUAAGCCGCAAUUCGAAUUAGUUUAGUUCUAAGCUUAGAGUUAGUUUUAGUUUGUUUAUUUUGUGUAUGUGUGCGUCUCGGUAUAUAUAGUAUUCGUAUGCAUUCGUGCGUUUAGGUAGACGUAGCGCGUAAGUACAAACCCUGCAAGAAAAUCCACUGAUGUAUGUAUGUAUAUAUUUACUUUAAUCCGUUGAAUUAUUAGCAUGCCAUCUUAUUGUAUUUUAAUUCUAACCUUUAAAUAUUUACGCGUUCGUUAGAAUGAACGUAAAGGUACAAUCUUCCCAACGGUACAUUAACAAUUCGAAAUCGACCUAUACUCUUGGUCAGCUGUCCCUGAAGAUUUUAGUAACUUUCGCUAUUUUCGUUGACUUUUUAACUUAAAUGUCUCGGUUAAAGUAUGAGUUUACUUAUCCGCGUAGGACCAAUGAGUUCACAAAAACGAGCACCCUUACCCAACGAGCAGGUAUUCCUCUGUUUUCGUGCAUUCGGGCGCUUGAUCAAUAGUCCUCGCACGAGCUCUGUAAGUGUUAGCCAGCAACCGCACUUGCAAGGUUACGUAAGCCUUUUCUCAGAGGGGAACGAAAAAAGAUUCGUAAGUGGGAAUAAUGACAGGUGUCCUAAUUAGACCCCACUCUUUAACAUCGACGCGCUAAGGUUAAAGAUUUUGAGGGACUCAGCUUGUCAAAGUUGCAGGGAGGAUGAGAAAUUUCAAAUGUCUAUACACAUUCUCCGCUGUCCAGCUUUGGCCAGAUUAAGGUUGAACCAUCUAUGUUGCCAUACUUUCUACGAACCCGGCGAAUUGGCUGCAGUAGAUAUUAGCCAGCUCAAACCAUUUUUGCUGGACAGGCGUUUCUAGCCGUUCAAGUGGGUGUAUUCGUGGCACGAAAAAUUAGCGUACUUCCUAACCUAACCCAACCUGAACUUUCGAAGUAAGGAUGGAAUGUUAUCUUGAUCAUACUUUAAUUAAGUUUCGAAAAUAUAAUAUCGAUAUUGGUACAGGCCUUCGCUGGUCUUCUAUACCCAAUAUAAUGAUUUCUCCACUUCUGGUCGAUUUUUUGCCAGAUAUAUCAGUUUAUCUGUUAAAUAUUUAUUUAUGUAAACAUUUUGGAAAACGGUGGUUGAACUUCAACCACCUUGGUGGCCAAUCGACCGGACCAAAACGUGAAAUUAUCUGCUCACCGCAAUGUUCUCUCAAUAAAUUCAUGCGAUAUGUGGGAAGUGACGCCGUCUUGAUGAAACCAAAUGUAGCCGAUAUCAUGAGCUUCAAUUUCAGGUAUCAAACAGUCGGUUCUCAUGGUACGUUCUCACCGGUAUCAUUUUUGAAGAAAGAUGGACCGAUGAUUCCACUGGCCCACCAUCCAGUACAUUUUUUUCGCAAAUAGUCGUAAAAAUAGGAAACUCAAAAGCGCAGGACCUCAGGCAGAAGGGCUCAUACUUGGAAGAAAUGCUUUUGAGGUAUCUACCAAACAAAUUUUCAGAUAAUCGUUUUCUAUCCACCCUACUCAAUGUACUUGUAUAAUGAUUACUAUAAAUAUUACUUGAGAUUACUUAAACUCUAACCUCACUUAGCUCUUUCUGACUCGUUUCCUCGUUAACUUCAGCAGAUGUGGAGCUGCACUGCAGGGUGCGUAGAGGCUAAAUGGCUAAAGCUUUUUUAAUUUGAAUGUGUGUUUGUUGGAUAAUGCAUUUUUAUCACUCCGAUAGGAUUAAUUACAGUAAAAGUUAUGUGUGUAUAUGUUUCAGAAUUAAUUGGAUAUAAAUUUCCUUAAUUUAAUAUUGAUUUUUGUGCAAUGAAAUAUUCUCGUGCGUGAUCUGCUUGCCAAAAGUUUAAUUUAAACUUGGUAUUAUAAGAAUAGAUUGUUUCUAAGUAAGAACUAGUGUUUUUAAAUAAAUCUAUUUCAAUGAAAUGGCAGCUACAAAUUAUAGUUUUUGCUGCAGUGUGUGAUAAAAUAUUGUGUAAUGGAAGAGUUAAUGCUUUUUUUAACAGAUUAACACUCGUAAUUUUUUUUUGUUGUUUUUAUUGUUUUUUUUCAAUAAAAUUAUAGAGAAAGCAGCUGUUUUAUGUGAAUCUAACGCAUUUAUUUGUACGUCUAAAGUUAGCUUGCUGCAUUAAUUGCUCUAUUGAAGUUUAAUGAAAAGACAAUUAAGAACACAAAAUUAAAAUUUUUCAUUUUAUUCACUUGCCGUUUUGAGGUUAGUUGUUUUAUUACUUUCCUUUGCUUUUUUCUCAAAUUUCUAAUAAAAUUUCAGCAUUAA